CUGGAAUAUGCUCCAGCAACCCCCGUGACCCUUGUGAGGAUUAAGCGGAUUAGAAAAUGGAUGGUUGGAUGGAUAUACCAAACACCAAUUUAAAAUGAAAAAUAGUUGAACACAGUAAUUUUUUGACUCUGGAUUUCAAUAUCAAUUAUAGAUCAGUCUGUUGUGUAUUUGUAAUAAUGUGAUGGUGCGGUUAUACAUUUAUAUGGUUUGAGUCACGGCCCUCUGAGGAAAACCAUAACUUGAAUGUAUCCUGCACUAUAAAUGAGUGUGACGCAGCUGCCUACUGCCUACAUGAAAAUGUAGCCUGUGUUAAUGUAGAAGCAUAAUAGGCUAUAUCUUCAUAUCUAUUGUUAUAUAUUAUUCAUAUAUCUAAAAAACAGUGUAAAUCGAAUUGCCCCUCUAGGGAACAAUUAAAUGUUGUUGUAUUCUUCCUGUGAUCACAGUUUUUAAUUGCCUUUUUGCAGCUCCCCGCCCACAGGAGACUUGACUAAGAGUUAUCCCACCUCUGUUCCAGAAAAGAAAUGUCACAAAGGACAUACAACGAGCUGUGGGCAGAGGCCCAGGUGGAGUUGAGCCGUCUGUUAGUCGAGGAGCUUCCUGAAGAGCCAAUUCUGCCAGAAACGGACCCUGUAGCGUUCUUCCAGAGAGUGGCCAUUCUGUACGUGCGCUAUUUGCAGGUCUUCAGACAAUUAGAGAAGGUCUACGACCAGGUUGUGCAUCCGCAAAAGCGACGGCUUAUUCUGCAUACCCUUGAAGGUGUGAUGGGUCGAAUCUUAGAGCUGAAGAAUGAAAUGGUGGAUAAAGAGCUCUGCGAGUACCACUACAUGGAUGAUGUCCUACAUGACUUAAAACUCACACCUGCUGACCUUGAGAUUGCCAUCCCUCACUAUUUUUUGAGUGAACGCAGCAAAGACAACCAAGAGCGAACGACGAUGCUCAGAAAUAUCCUGCAAACGAUGGAGUCUACAGGAGUGCAAAAGCGUGUGACAAAGAGCAUGAGUCAAGACGAGGCCAUCCGAAUCAUUCAAGUCGCAGAGAGGGCACGCCAAGGACGCCUAAGGGCAGCCUUGAAUGAAGCUAGCAGGAGAUUAAGCAAGAUACCCAUGGCUGAGGAGCCAAAACCCAAAGACAUGGACCGAGCUGCAGUCCGCGCCCAGAAGUUCUGGAGGGGCUAUGUAGAAAGGAAGAAGGCAAAGGCAGUUCGCAUUGAAGAUAUGACUUUCCUGGGAAUGACUCCGCAUCCAAAAUAUCAGGCACCAUGUGAGGCCAUCAUCACUGCCGACGCCAAUGAAACGGCCAUACGAAACAAGCAGAGGGAACACGAGGAUGACUACCAAAAAGCUGUGACGGAAAUCGCAAACCACCUGCUCGAGGUGGAGGGUCAAGACAUAGCCAAUAACAUGAAAGAACAAAUCAGGCAGUGGUUUCUUGAAUGCCGUAAUCUAACAGGGGUAUUCCCAGACUUCCCAGAUGAGGAUGAGGGAGGCUCGGCUAUCCUUUUUGCUGAAAAGGAUUAUGAGGAAUUAUUGAAAGAAAUGGCGGCAUUGGAAGAUGAUGGCAAAAAUAAAAAAGGAAAGGAAGAGGAGAAAAAAGACGCAAAAAAGUCUAAGGGGAAGGAUGGGGAAGAAGAAGAGGGCUUGGUGAUGUUACCGUCAGCUUUUUUGGCAGACUUGGAAACGUGCAAUAAAACCUUUGUUGAUUUCUGGGAAACCCGCACAGAGUCUCGAAAUUUCAACCAGCGGCAUGAAGUGGAGCUGAUCAAGGAGGAGAAGAGGGUGGACAUUGAGUCGGAGAUUCGGGUGAAGGUGGACGAGCAGAUGAGAGAGGAACUGGCAGACUGGAGGCUUGCUGUUGAAAAAACCCCAGCCAAAGUUUAUGCCAAGAAAAAAGCCGGCAAGGGCGAUAAGAAGAAGAAAAAGGGGGAGAAAGAUUUGACAGCUGAUAGGACUCUUGAGUCUCUCUGUCAGGAGAUGGUGGAGGAGGGUUUGUUGAAGCAGGCACAUAGUGUGAAAAUGCAGGACUACCUGGGUGACUUCAACUAUCUUGGAACCACACUGAAACAGAAUGGCAUUGAACCCAUGCCUUCGUUGGCAGAUGUGCGGCAACUCAUCUCUCUCUAUGGAAUUCUACCUUUAGGCUCUCAUGUGGUUCACGAGAAGGCUCCCCUUACAAAGGCCAUUCUACUAGUUGGGCCAGCAGGGGUUGGUAAGAAGAUGUUGGUCCACGCAAUCUGCCACGAGACUGGCGCCACCCUGUUUGACCUUUCUCCUCUCAACAUUGCUGGAAAGUAUCCAGGCAAGAGUGGCCUCGCUAUGAUGCUCCAUUUGGUGUUGAAGGUUGCGAGAUUGAUGCAGCCUUCAGUGAUAUGGAUCGGUGGCGCAGAGAAAAUGUUCUACAAGAAAGUUCCCAAGGAAGAAAGAGCGUUAGAACCUAAACGCUUGAAGAAAGAUUUGCCCAAAUCACUCAAGCUGAUCAAAGAAGAGGAUCGCGUUCUCGUCAUCGGAACAUGUAGAGACCCCAUUAAUACGGAUAUCAAGUCAAUGUGUAAGAUGUACACAAAAGUCAUCCUCAUUCCAAGGCCCGACUAUGGAUCCAGAUAUGUUUUGUGGAAGCACCUGAUCGAAAAACAUGGAGGCAAGAUAACUUCAGCGUUGGACAUCAGCUCUUUGACCAAAAUUUCAGAUGGCUACACCCCAGGUCACAUGAUCCAGGCAAUCCAGCAAGUUAUUACCAAGAGACGAAUCCUUCUACAAGAAAAGAGGCCUUUGACUGCUAUUGAGUUUGUGGCUCCAUUAGCCAAGUUCAGCCCCGUGUUUCAGGAGGAGGAAGAGGCGUUAAAAAAAUGGUAUGCAAAGACUCCCCUGGGAAAGAAGCGGAUUAAGGCUGCUGCUGAAAGGGAAGAGAAACUGCAGGCACAAGCUAAAGCGAAAGGUCCCGCGAAGAAAGGAAAGAAAUAAUGUGCAUUGGAAAAAAAAAUGUAUUCAAACAUGUGUCAUUCUGAUUAUAAAUGUAGUAUUUUACAUUAAAUAAACUUGGUGAUUGGCUAGCAGCCA